UAGAACCUGGUCUAAGCUCUGGCAUGUCAGCUUCCAGGGCUACCGCCGACGUGAGCAGAGGGAGACGUGAUGUUGAGUCUAUUGUACGCUCGACAGGCGGGUUUGGAGGACCCGCUUCGCUUCCGUAGAGCUCAGUCCACACGGAGGGUACUGGAACUGGAGUUAAACAAAGACAGAGAUGUUGAAAGAAUCCAUGGCAGUGGAAUUAACACUCUUGACAUUGAAUCUGUUGAAGGAAGAUACAGCAUGUUAUCAGGUGGUUCAGAUGGUGUGAUUGUACUUUAUGACCUUGAGAACUCCACCAGACAACCUUAUUACACAUGUAAAGCAGUAUGUUCCAUUGGCAGAAGCCAUCCUGAUGUUCACAAAUACAGUGUGGAGACUGUUCAGUGGUAUCCUCAUGACACGGGAAUGUUCACAUCCAGCUCAUUUGAUAAAACUCUGAAAGUAUGGGAUACAAACACAUUGCAGAUUGCAGAUGUAUUUAAUUUCGAGGAAACAGUUUAUAGUCAUCAUAUGUCUCCAGUAGCCACCAAGCAUUGUUUGAUAGCAGUUGGUACUAGAGGACCCAAAGUACAACUUUGUGACUUAAAGUCUGGCUCCUGUUCUCACAUUCUCCAAGGUCACAGACAGGAAAUAUUGGCAGUUUCCUGGUCACCACGUUAUGACUAUAUCUUGGCAACAGCAAGUGCUGACAAUAGAGUAAAAUUAUGGGAUGUGAGGAGAGCAUCAGGAUGUUUGCUUACUCUUGACCAGCAUAAUGGGAAAAAGUCACAAGCUGUUGAAUCAGCAAACACUGCUCAUAAUGGGAAAGUUAAUGGCUUAUGUUUUACAAGUGAUGGACUCCACCUGCUCACUGUUGGAACAGAUGAUAGAAUGAGGCUGUGGAAUAGUUCCAGUGGAGAAAACACACUAGUAAAUUAUGGAAGAGUUUGCAAUGAUAGUAGAAAAGGACUGAAAUUCACUGUGUCCUGUGGCUGCAGCUCAGAAUUUGUUUUUGUACCACAUGGUAGCGUCAUUGCUGUGUAUACAGUAUACUCAGGAGAACAGAUAACUAUACUUAAGGGACACUAUAAAAGUGUUGACUGUUGUGUCUUUCAGUGUAAUUUCCAGGAACUUUACAGUGGUAGCAGAGACUGCAAUAUUCUUGCUUGGGUACCAUCCUUAUAUGAACCAGUUCCUGAUGAUGAUGAUGAUGAUGAGACUACACCCAAAUCCCAGUUGAACCGAGCAUUUGAAGAUGCCUGGAGCAGCAGCGAUGAGGGGUGAACAGCAGCCUGUAUCCCUUGAACUCUGGUGAGAUGCCCGAAAGAGCAGCAUCUGUGUGAACUUUAGAACUCAGCCACUAUCCCUCCUGCCUCUAUGACGGGACUUCAAGUGAGACUGCCAGAACAGGGGUGUCUUUGUGGGCUUUGGUUUGUGGUUGUUCUUUUAUUGUUUUGGAGAUUGGACCUCACUGUGUAGCUCUGGCUGGCCUGGAACGUUCUAUAUAGACCAUGCUGGGAUCAAACUUGCCACUGUUCCCCUGCCUCUUGCUUCCCAAGUGUAAGGAUUUCAGGUGUGCACCACAUCAUCCCACCUGUGUAUGUGGGUUUUUUUAUUGUUUCAUUUUGGUUUUUAAUGCUUCAGUCUGUUUCUAGCCAGUUAGCCUUGAAUUUGGUAUACCUUCACCUAUGUUUAAGUAAAGUUAAUAUAUAUAUAUAUAUAUAUAUAUAAAAUCCUAAAAUAGACUUCUGUGUUUUAAUUAACCAAAGCUUGUCUCCUUGGUGCCAGUUGCUGUGGUAGAGGGCCAGCCCCUGUGGGUGCAGUGCAGGAACAGAAGGCAGUGUCCUCAGCUGGGGCCUUGUGCAGAUCUGUUGCACUAUAAGACACAGUCUCAGAGGGAGUUGGUAGCACUAACUGUCUCCCACUGGCUAUAUCAUCACCCUGCUAAUUCCACUUUCAGGAAGGAUUUUAUCAAGGAUAAUUACAUAAAAAUUAAUUGUUGAAAAGAUAGCAUUAAAACUUCCUUUUACUCAUAUUGCAUGAUUUCAUUUAAUUGAUUGUCAUCUAACUUUAUAUUGAACAGUUGGUGACUCAGUAUUUCUUACAGUGUGACAGUACAUCAUAUGGGGAAUUUUCCUUCUGCUUUAUCUUACUGUCAGAGGGUAGCUUGUAUUCAUUUCUGAAUACCUUUCAUUAAAACUUUUGAGAUGUGACCAGGUCCUGCUUCAUUCAUUGAUACAGAAAGUACCAGGACAGGGAAUCUGGCCCAAACAUGAAAUGUUGUAAUAAAAUUGCUAUUCUCUCUCUC